UUACAACUAAUGGCAUUCAAACGAGUCUGUGUCAUUGGAGCUGGCCCCAGUGGAUUGGCCCUGAUAAGGGCUUUGAAUGGAGAGCCAUUUGAGUUUGGUAUCGAUGUCUACGACCCCAGAUCAAAUGUCGGUGGGAUUUGGAACUAUUCUUCUAGCAAAGAAAAGUACAAUGAUACUAACGACCUUGAGGCCAACAAAGUGUACAACUUUUCCCCCAUCUACGACAACUUAGAAACUAACCUUCCAGCCCGGUGCAUGCAGUUCACCGAUUUUCCAUUCCCUGAAGGUAGCAAGUUUUUAUUCAGAACAUCUGUCAUUGACUAUUUGCAGAAAUACGCCAAAACCAUCGGUCCCUUCAAUUUGCAUUUGAACACCAAAGUUGUUUCUGUGGAAAAAACUAACGAUUGGGCCGUCACCAGUGAAAAUGUGACGACCGGAAACUUGUCAACCAAACAUUAUGAUGCCAUAGUGGUAGCAAACGGCCAUUUUGAAAAGCCCAUUUACCCAUCCGUCAAGGGACUCGAGGAAUGGCAACAAAAGGACCCCAAGUCAGUCAUCCACGCCAAAUUCUACAACAGUGCUAAGAAGUAUGCCGACAAGACGGUGUUGGUGGUCGGGGGCUCAUCUAGUGGGUGUGACAUUGCCGUGCAAGUGAGCUCCACUGCUAAAAAAGUGUAUGUUUCAUGCGAUGAAGAGUCAAUUUUGAACAAGAUCAGACAUCCAUACCUCGAAAUUAUUCCUAGAAUCGACGAAUACAACGUGAAUCACCAUGCAGCUACUUUUGAAGACAAAACCAUAAAAAUUGACCAGAUCAUCUUCUGCACUGGCUACUUCUAUGAUGUGCCAUUCUUGAAGAUCCCCUUGUGCGAAUCACGCUACAUCAAGAACUUGUACAAACACAUUUUCUACGUCGAAGAUCCGUCCUUGGUAUUUGUGGGGUUGGGCAAAGAUGUGAGUCCGUUCCCCAUGGCUGAAGCACAGUCGAGUGUUUUGGCAAGGUAUUUCAGUGGCCGGUUACAACUUCCUACUAGUGAUGCGAUGAGACAGGAGUCGAGUCAGGAGUUGGCACUAAAAGGCGCAAGACUCCAUGGAUUAAAACCCCCUAAAGAGCCUGAGUAUGUGAAUGAGCUCCAUCAUCUCAUUGAGGAGCAGCAUCUUGAGGGAGGAUUCAUGUUUGAGAAGUACGAAGGUGAAAAACUCGAAGCUAGGACUGCGGCUGCAGGCCUCAAAUUGCAGCGACUCACCGCAUAUUGUGAGGAGAUCGUUAGAGACAAAACUAAGAGAAUACUAAGUUUACACGGAGCCGGAAAAGUAUAG